UUCACCCAAAUGGGCAGUUUUGAUGGCUUCAAGUUUGAAGGUUCAAAAUCUGGUUUCCAUUUUUGGAGAUAUAGAAUUUUGUGCCUUACAUGCUAUGGCACCUUGGAACAAAGAAUCCAAUCUCUAGUGGUGGAAUCAGGUAUCUUGAACAUAAAAGUACUAUUCCCAACACCAGUCACAAGAAUCUUUCCUUUUCUACCCUAAAGCUUAGUCACAGUGUAAGCAACAUCUCCAUAGUUAGGUGAGGAAUUACCAAUAAAAGAACCCACUAAACAAUCUUCCCAAGAUUUAACCCUUUCUUCAUGCACAAAUCUAGGCGACUUAACCACUAAUUUGCCAUCACAUAUCUCAGGAGGAUGGUAAGAAAGAGUACCUUUCUUUAAGCAUGAUUGUAGGAUCGGUGACUGGGCAAGUGGGCGACAUCAUCAAUGAGGCAUAUGCUGGAGCUGAGGGAGUGGGGUGGGGUGGAGCAUGGGAGAAGUGGAAGUACUCAUUGGUGGACAAGAACUUGAAAUUUCGGGCUAAUUCUAGUGGGAAAGCACCAUCGAAGAACAACCGACAGUAGUUACUUUUUCUCACUCUAGGCCAUCAUUACCCAAAGAGAAAGAAGUCCUUGUUAAUACCUUAUUAUUAUUAUUAUUAUUAGAGAUACGAUAUUGCUCCUUAAAUCCUAGUCCAAAUGGUAGCAAAUAGUAAUUAGUGAGUUCGAGUUCUGGGACCAACACUUAAGAAAUUAAAAUAAUAAUU